CCAAACAAAACAUAUUUUUUGCGCGAAAGACUAACUCCUGGUGUAUUGAUUAAACAUUGAAUGAAAAGUGUCCUAAAAUGGGAGGUGGCGACUUGAAUACGAAAAAAUCAUGGCACCCGAACACGAUGAAAAACCAAGAGCGUGUCUGGAAAGCGGAGCAACAGGAGGCGGCCGAAAAGCGACGCUUGAACGAGCUCCGGCGUGAAAUAGACGAGGAACGAAGCCGCGAGGAGCUGAAACAUAUGGGACAAAAGUCCGGCGUUCUACCGAGCGAUGACGGUGACGAUAAGAAACUAGAGUGGAUGUACCGGGGACCGUCACAGUUGGUCAACCGAGAGGAAUAUCUGCUGGGCCGAACCGUGGACAAGACGUUCGAGGAGCUCGAUGCCCAAGAAAAAGCUUCUACUUCUACGUUCGGUGUGGCUCAGCCAAAAAAUCAUGUCGAGCACGAAUGCAUUCCCUUUUCGAUCCGACAACACAAGGAUGUACUCAGCAACGACCAGGUGGAUCUUGCCCGGAAGCUCAUGGAGGAUCCACUAAUGCUGAUCAAACAGAAACAGAUCGAAUCUCGCCAGAAGAUCCUACAAAAUCCUGUUAAGCUGAAGGAACUUCAUCGUCUGCUCAAGGGAGAUGAGAGUUUGAAAUCGUCGGAUGGCAAGAAAAAGAAAAAGAAGGAAAAAAAGGCUAAAAAAAGUAAAAAGAGCGAUAAAAAAAAGAAAAAGAGCAAGAAGCGUAAUAGCUCUAACAGUUCCGAUAGUGGUAGCGAUGAUAGCGAUACAGAUCUAGAUAAGCUAUUGGCAGAGAAGUAUAAAAAAGUUCAAAACUCCAUGGCGGAAGAACACCAGGAAGGCGUUAGCUUUAACAAGCUGCUUUCCAUGAAGUACGAAAAGCUGUCCAAAGAGUUGGACAUGAUGGGAAGCACUGGUUCGAAAAAGAAGAAACGACACCCUGAUCGGAGAAGUAACGGAUCCAGUUCUUCGGAAUCAGAUAGGGAAGAUUCACAGACACGAAAACAUGGUCAUAGGGCAAAACGGGACGACUAUUCUCGGCGAGACGAUCGUGACACACGUGGAAGAGAUAAAGGUCCAAGCAAAAACACCGAACGUUCUCGACACGCAAGAAGAGAAAGAAGGGAAUCUUCGGAGGAAGAUACAAACGAUGGGAAGCGUCAUAGAAAUUCUCGGGGUAUCGCCAACGAUUCUUCACGGAACAGAAGCCGCUCUAGAAGUAGGGAUAGACGUAGAAACAGUCCUACAAAUCGUUUUAGGCAGCGGUCACCAGCCCGUAAAGCUGGCUCGUCGAAAGCCAAACACAGUCGAGAUCGAUCGCGGGAAAAAUCAGUUGAAAAGAAGAAAGCCAAAGAGAGCAGGCGCCAUUCUCGUUCGCAAAGUCCUCGAAAGACAAGUCCCAACCGGACAAAGCCGGAAAAACGGCCGACAAAACCUCGCAGGACGCCAUCAUCCAGCUCAUCAGCAUCGACAUCCGAUUCGGAUUCGCCGGAAUCUUCCCCUGCUCGUCCGGUAGCGCAGGACUCCGACGACGAAAGACGCGCCAAGAAGGUUAGAAACUUCGGUUUAGUAACGGCAUCGGGUGAAAAAUUGGAAACCAAAUCACGCUCAGCAGAUGUUCGGCUGUACAACCGGGAGGAGAUAAAGGCGGAACAAUCGAAACAGAAGCCAUCCUGGAGCAAACCAACAGAAAAGAAGCGGCCGUUGACGGAGGAAGAGCUAGAGGAGAAGAGAUUGGCCAUGAUGAGCAACGCGCAGUGGCGCGAAAAGGAACGGGAAUCGAACGUAAAGCGGUAUGAGGCCGAAGAUCACCGUGAGGAAACCACACACAGUCGAGAGUACGAUAAGGAGUUCCUAACGAAGCAAUUCAAACGAGCCGCCGCAGCCGAAACGGUCGAAUCGCGCAUCCGAUCCAAUCGCAACAACAUCCAGCGAUCUAAUGGCGCAAUGAAUUCAAAUUUCGUAAAACGGUGA